UGAGUUUGACUUCCUGUAACGUGGGCUGUUGUUACGCAGCGCUGCCGAAGUGAAACCAGCUCAUGUCUGCGGACGUGAGGACAAAAACAAGACAGGUAAAAACAAUUAAAAAAAAAAAAGUUUAUCUCCGCCUCCGCGCGCUCUCAGAUAACCGGCACAGGUAAAGGAGCGGCGAUGGGCGGAGCCUGGGUGAACAGGUCUUAGACCGAGGAAAGUCCCUUCAGAUGAGGGUUAAAAACCAGUCCGAGUCCACCGUCAGGUCGACAAAACUGAACCAGAUUUUUGUGGAGAUUAUCGGCUUUCCCAGCAGAAGAGCCCACCAUGGAACCACAAACAGAAAAACAACGGCCUCCUCAUGGCCAGCUCAUCUCCGUGCCUCAUAAAGACACAAUUCGGCUCCUGGAGGUGUACGUCAAGCGUAGCCUCAGCCUGAACGACGGCUCGCUGGGGCUGAAGCGGUCAGGGAAGAAAGAAAAGUGGGUGACCAUGGCCAGAAAGCACAGGCGAUCCUCCAGCGACCCUUCCCUUUUCUUGGCCAACGAAAUAAAACCCGGAGACUCCGAGGUGUUUCGUGCGGCCGAGUCAUUGUCAGAUGUGCCCGAAAAACCUCCAGAAGACCUCGAGAAAUCAAAAAAGCCAAAGAAGAAUAAGAAGCCUUCGUUUUUAAAAACCUUUUUUGGCUUUUUCACACGAAAGAAUGACGAAGACAGCGAAGAAGAUCCAAACGAUUCAGCAGAGGUUUCUGUUGCCUCUGAAGCAGUGACUACCUGCCUGCCGACACCUCCRGUUACUUUACAAAAGAAGUCCACGAGAAAAAGUUCUUUAAAGAGAAAAAUGUCCAAAAGGCUUAGUAAAAGAGCAAGUAAACUUCUAAAUCCUGCUGAUAUCACUGGAGUAGGAGCUGUCAUCAGUGUCGAACCAACGUAUGCAUAUUAUGAAAAAGUGUCAGAAGAGCUCGAAAAGAUUGUGCAUGAAGUCAAAGAAAAAGAGGAAGUCGAAGUUCUUUCAGAUGCUGAGGUUCUCAACAGGCUCAUCGCUUUGACGAAAGAGCAGGGCGACGCCAUGGAUGACAAGCUUAAAGACAACCCCACCCUGAACAACUUUUUCCAGCGACUGACUUACUCCUCCUUCCAGAAGAUGGCAGACGCUUAUCUGGAGAAAGAGGCGACACCGAACCACAAUCCUCCCCCCGUGCAUCCAACGGCACCUGAGCUGGUCAAACUGGCCUUUACUCUGGACUUCACUGCCAGGAUCGCGGGGCUCUCCAAGCAGAACGUAGGCCACAUCACGUGUCUCGGGAACCGCUAUCUGCAGGAUCGAUUUGAAUACACGCAGGCGUGUACAGAUCAUCCGUGGUCCGACAGCGAAGACUGAGGUCCCGCCGCUCGAAAACAACACUGAGCCCAAAUUUUAUCAUCUCCACUUUACUGACCAUGCUCAUGUAGGGCUCCUCAAAACUCAUUAAGUGCACACAUCAUUUUAAAUUUGAGUAAAAUUUCAUUCAGGGACUAAUAAUCUGUGAAGAACAAGGUGCUGAGGGAACUGAAUUCUCUGGGAACAGGAGUGUUUUUGAUCAGUGAAGUGCUGCUUGAAGGCACAGUGUGUAGGAUUUGUUGUUUUCAGCGACAUCUGUCAUCCUCCCUGGUCCUCCCCCCACCCCCACCGC